UUAAACCUUUCGCUCGGUCGUCGGUGGCAGUGAAAAGUGGGAAGUGGAAAAUUCACUGACCGGAACGUCGGAAGUUGCAAACCGAUGCCGCGGAAAGGAAAGAACGUGUGUUUGCAGUAGGUGUGUCUGGGGAAGUGGCAUUAAACCGUACGGUUCUUCCGUUCCUUGUCUGUGCAGUGUGCUUUCAGUGCGGCGCAAAGUGGUUUUGUGCAGUGUAAAAUCGGUGCAUGUUGCGUUUUAUGCAUUCGGGCGAUUGAGCUUUUAAAAUUCACGAAUCAGUGGUGGUGGUGUUGUAGGCUGAAAGUGAGCGUUUUGUUCCCGCAAGGGAAAAGGAAAUUUAUUUGGCCAAAGCACGGGCAGGUCUUUUAGCUCCAUUCCAACGGUUAGUUUGAUAGUGAUCGAACAGGGCCAGCACUGGUUGAUGGGUUUUAGGAGAAACAUUUCUCUGCUGUAAGCGACAAAGAUACAAUCGUUUCCCGGCGUACAUACCGGAAACCGGCCCCGUUGUGAGGGUGGUCGAUUUAAAUGCCACCACAGAUACUGCCGAUACUGGGAAGCAGUGGUAGCAUCAGCACAAAGAUGCAGUCCCGCGAUCAUCCCUUCAACCGGUCCACCAGACCGCUGCUGGAACGCCGCGCCCAGCCUCAGGUGGUGAGCACCAAGAAACCGUUCCACUACGGUGCCGGAUCCGGUGCGGCCGGUCAGCCACCGAAAGUGCCGACCCGUGGCUAUAACGACUUUAACCUGAUCAGUCGUCAGUACGACGCGUGGAACUCGAACCAUUCGCACAAGGGCUACCCGUACGGUAGUCCACCGUCGCCGACACACGACGUCGGCGGGCACGACUUCCAGUUCUCGGACAUUGAGGGACCUCAGCGGGCCCAACAUCAUCAGCGCACCGUGCAUCAGUACACGGUAAACAGCAACAACAGCGACGACGAUGACGACUACGACGAGCUGGUGUAUCAUCACAAUCAGCUUAAUGUCGCGUCGAACGGUGCCGGGCUGAAGGUGGCCAAUCAGCAGCUACGCCGGCGGCUACUGGAUGCCGCCUCGCCGAAACCUCCAGUACCGCCGCAGCGGACGGUGCAUAAGACACCGCCACCACCGCCCCGCAGGACGGAAUCACCACCGACCGGGGGUGGACCGGUGGCCGAUCUCGACGGACCGUUCGUGUUCGGUGUACAUCAUCCCAACACCUUCACGCCAGCGUACGGCAAUAAGGCGACGCUGUACGGUACGGGUACGACGGCCAUUGGCGGCAAGGAUGCAAAGGAUGCGCUUCAUUCCAGCCCCGACUCGAGCCAGCACAGCAGCGAUACCAGCUCGAGCGAGAAAUCACGACGCGCUUUGGUGAAGGAGAAGAAAAACUCAAAACGAUCGAAAAUCGAGAAAAAAGAAAAAUCGAAACAAAAGCAUGAAAAACGAACGUCCGAAGCGAACGUACCGCCGAACGUGAAGUGUGUCCUCGUGGGAGACGGUGCUGUCGGUAAAACCAACCUUAUACUCUCCUAUAUACAGGACCGGUUCACACACGAAUACGUACCGACGGCAUUCGAUAAGUACAAUGUGGACGUCAGCGUGGAUGGACGACCGAUCGGUGUGACGCUGUGCGAUACAGCAGGACAGGACGCGCUCGACACACUGCGGCAACUAUGCUAUCCCGGUUCCGACGUUAUCCUGCUGUGCUUUUCCGUCGUCCAGCCGGUCAGCUUCCGUUCGCUGGCCACCAAAUGGCAGCCGGAAAUUAGCAAGCUGAAGGGUGUCUCGGUGGUGCUUGUCGGGACGCAAUCCGAUCUACGGAACGAUCAGAAUACGAUCAGCAAGCUACAGGCUCAGGGCGAGAAACCCAUCCUGUUCUCAUCUGCUUGGGACUUUGCCCGAAAGAUAGGCGCUAAAUACAUUGAAACAUCGUCACACAAGAAGGAACACAUUAAAGAGGUAUUCGAUACAGCCAUCUGGGACGCACUGCAAUCACAGGAGUAUAGCAAACGGAAGCGGCCACUCUGGAAGCGAUUAUGCUGUGUGACCUGCUGACUCAUGGCUUGCAUGAGAAUACACAAACAAAGCACACAAAAUCAAGACUGUCUGUUCCUAUGUGCAGUGGUUUCGCGAGCUGCGCUCCAGCAAAACACAAGCAGUAGAAACGAGUAGGGCCACUAGGUAGUAGUAGGGUAGCGGUUAUUGUAGAUAAAACAAUCCUCACAGCAUCACGCAGGUACGCCUCAGAUCACGACAUUGAAUAGCUUUGCACUUUAGCCUUAGGUUAAUCUAUUGUUCGCACUGUAUAUUAUCGCGAUUGAAGACAUCAAAAGUGAGAUAAUGUUUAGAUAAAGGAGAGAAGGUUGCGUAACGUCGCGUAACGUCGCGUAACGCCCGCACCGGUAGUAUUACGACUUACAGUGCACAACGAAUGCAGCAUUGUUUGCGUGCUGUUACGAUGCACAGAGCUGGAAGAUAUUUAAUCUAACUAUUGUCGUUCGGCGAAACGGCCGCUAGGAACCGAGCUCGGUCCUAUACGGUAAGGUUAUUGGAUAGUUUAAGCCGCUACUCAAAGAUACGGACGCGACACGAUGAUGCUUAUUGAAUAGGGAACGCAUCUGCCGGCCUGGCAAUACAAACAGAUGCUGCUCGAUUAGAGCCGGUAUUAUUAGCAUUCAGAUAAGGAAGGGCCGUGUGCGUCCCACGGCAGUAUCGUGCUGCGAUGAAGUGUCACCAAAAUAUCGUUGAAACAUACCGAAUACAUACU